AUGGCAGCCCUCAUGUCCCGAAUCGACCGGGCCAUCCUGGGUCCCCUCGCCCCAGCCGCCUCCGCCGCCCGUUCCUCCCCCUCCUCCAUCCCCGUCGUCGUCUUCACCGCCUCAGGAGACCAAGGCCGGUCCGUCGCUGAUGCCUUGGCUACAGACGGUGCCUUCACAGUGACGGCCAUCACCAAGUUUCCCAACUCGGAUGCGGCGCACAGUCUGCGGGAUAAGGGAGUGACGAUUGUAGAAGGGGAUAUGGCAGAUCCUGCGAGUUAUGUGGGGCAUCUAGAGGGGAUGAGUGCGGCUUUUGUGAGCAUGGACUUCUUGGAUACGUUCCACCAUAUCGGCCCAAAUAUGACCGCUGCGAUCGCGCUGGAGGUACGGCUCUCCAUAGCGGCUAUAGAAGCAUGUCAUAAGGCAGGCAUACCUCAUAUCGUCUAUUCGGCUCUGGACGAGCUGCCGCCAGAGGUGGUAGUACCGACGUAUGUCAGUAAAGCGAAAGUCGUCGAGCACCUCAAAGCCACCACCAUCCCCUACACCCUCCUUUACACCUCACAUCCCUAUACCGAUAUCCUCGCAUGGGACCUCCUCGCGCCCGCUCCGUGCGGCCAUGGCCUCAUCCUCUCGAUCCCGGCGCCCGAUGACUGUGAGAUUCCAGGGUAUGCGGUGGAGCAGAUUGGAGAUUGGGUCAAGGUUGCGCUGAAGAAGCCGAAGAAAUGGAUCGGUCGGGACAUGUACAUCUGCGCUGAGCGCCCAACAGUCGCUAAGAUGGCUUCGGAUAUGGCCAAAGUUUUCAAAGUCCAAGUGGAGACGCUCGGCCUGAGCAAGGAAGACUUUUACUCGGCGGAACAUCGGGAAGCGACUGGGGAGGCCAUGUGGUCUCAGUAUAGGGCGUGUUAUGAGGGAUCAUUCGCGCGAGACCCCGGCCAGUCAGAAAAGAUCGCCCCGAUGCAAUGGCAAUUCAAGCAGUGGGUUGCGCAGAGCAAGGCGGUGAAGAGUAUAGCGGAGCCAGUCAAGAAGUCGGGCAAGGGGAAACAUCAUCAUCAUUGA